UGAUUCAUUUCAGGCAUCCAGAAUCGUGAAUUCCGCGUUUACUGGGCAUUUGAAAAAUGUACAGAAAUUCGCCUACUAUAUGGUUUUGGAUUUCGAGGCAACUUGUGACAAAGAAAAGAGAAUCGAAAUUCCAGAAAUAAUAGAGUUCCCAGUCCUUAUGGUGAAUUCAUCUACAUUUCAAACUGAAGCUGUUUUUCACCAGUAUGUUCGACCAACUGUUAAUCCAGAGCUGACCGAUUUCUGUACAGAGCUAACUGGAAUUAUACAGGCUAUGGUAGAAGAUCAAUCAGAUUUACCUACCGUAUUAAAGAUGUUUGACGCCUUCCUCGACGAAAACAAUCUGAAGACUAGUCCGAAUAAAUUUGCUUUUGUCACGUGUGGUGACUGGGACCUGAAAACAAUGUUAGUAUCUCAGUGUAAACAUUUAGGUAUUGCUGUUCCGGACUACUUUAAACAGUGGAUUAAUUUGAAAAAGGUAUAUUGUGAUGUGAUGGGUCACUUUCCGAGCAGUAUGAUGUCUAUGCUAUCAACACUGAACUUGAAACACAUUGGUCGACAUCAUAGCGGCAUUGAUGACUGUCGUAAUAUAGCAAAUAUUUUAUGCGAAUUAAUUCGAUGUGGUGCGACUCCUGACAUUACAGGGAAAUCCAGAUAAUAUUGUUUCCUCAUAAAGAAAAUUUUAUACAACAAUUCUUAACAAUUUAAGUGUUUGUAUAUAUAGUCAUAUGUAAACGAAAUGAUGUAUUUAAAAUAAUAUCAACUUGCUGGUAAAAAUAAAAAUACCGAUAUCU